AUGUCUGACCUCGCUCGGGCCGAACCAGAGCCCGUGGUCACAGACGAUACUCGUAAGGUCUACACAGCUGGAAAUCUCACAUUGAUUUCCAGCGACAAUGUGCGAUUCCGCUUGCCAAGCUAUUAUCUCAUCGCGGCGAGCAAAGUCUUCCGAGACAUGCAGGAUGUCAACGCCAAGGAGUCCGCCGACAUGCACGUCGCCUUGACGGACACCCAAAUCGAGACCGCACCCGCCGUCCGAGCUUGGCUAGGGAUCAUUACCGGCCGACCGCUGCCCGCCGAUGACAACCUACCAAUUCGGGCGGGGCGAAUCAUUCCUUUGGCUCGCAAAUUCGACUGCCCCCUCGUGGAAAGCUCGACCAUCUCCCUUCUCUAUCGAUGGGUAGAUCACGCCACGAAUUCCCAAGCUUACGACGUUGUCGUGCUCGCGACCAUGAUGGACGAACCCGGGCUGGUCGCCAAAGUUCUCCGCAAGUACGGCACUGUCACUUGGGCGGACGAUGUCCAAGACAUGGAGACGCGGGAUCUUCAAGCUCUACCAGAGGCGCAAUGCAUGGACCCCGUCUCAUGGCAUGAUGUGCGUCGGUGA